AUGAUGGAUAAGCAGAGUGCUCUAAAUCCUAUGUCUGUUUUAACUGAUUGUAAUGACAAUUGGAUUAUAUUCUUUUUUUUUGCAGAAAAAGGGAAAUUGUAUUUAGCGACAUCUGAAAUUGAAAAACGCGGCAUUGCUUUGGCAAUAAUUAAACAAAAACGAACAAAGUUUCAUGAAACUAUUACUGAAAAGGUUGACUUUGAUAAUAGAAUGGCUGACUUAAUCGAUGAUAUGACGGAAAAAGAAUUAUAUAACAUGUCAAUGCGCAAAAGAUUAAAAAGUGUUGUUAAAAGAGAUGAACAACCAAUUAUAGAUCAAUUUAUUAGUAAAUUUAGUGAUGAUUAUGAAAUUCCAUCACUACAAAUGUUCGCAUAA